CGGGGCGGGCCCGUUUUAAGGACAGAGAAAGGGGGACCCGACAGACUAGCGGUGGGGACUGAGGAGACAGGUGGUGCUGGCUUUCGCUGAGAGCCAAGACACCGUCUCCCGGCAAGAGUCAUGGUCUCACCGGCCCGGCGCCUCCUCGCCCUGGUCCCCAUCCUCCUCCUCCUGCUGGCCUCCCUGGAUUGGAAGACUGCCCACAGCCAGGACCCCUUCGAGAGAUGCAUGCAGGAUCCUGACUACGAGCAGCUGCUCCAAGUCGUGACCUUGGGCCUCAAUCGGACCUCAAAGCCCCAGAGAGUGAUAGUGGUUGGUGCUGGUGUGGCUGGACUGGUGGCCGCCAAGGUGCUCAGUGAUGCUGGACACAAGGUCACCAUCCUGGAGGCAGACAACAGAAUUGGGGGCCGCAUCCUCACCUACCGGGACCAGAAGACGGGCUGGAUUGGGGAGCUUGGAGCCAUGCGCAUGCCCAGCUCUCACAGGGUCCUCCACAAGCUCUGCAAGAGCCUGGGACUCAACUUGACCAAAUUCACCCAGUAUGACAAGAACACGUGGACAGAAGUGAGGAAUAUGAAGCUGCGGAAUUACGUGGUGGAGAUGAUGCCAGAGAAGUUGGGCUACAAACUCUGCCCCAGAGAAAAGGGCCGUGCGCCCGAGGAAAUCUACCAGAUGGCUCUCAACAAGGCCCUCAAAGAUCUCAAGACGCUGGGCUGCAGAAGAGCAAUGAAUAAGUUUGAAAGGCACACGCUCCUGGAAUACCUCCUAGGGGAGGGGAAACUGAGCCAGGCCGCCACGCAGCUCCUGGGAGACGUGAUGUCCGAGGACGGCUUCUUCUACCUCAGUUUUGCUGAGGCCCUGCGGGCCCACAGCUGCCUCAGCGACCGGCUCCGGUACAGCCGCAUCGUGGGCGGCUGGGACCUGCUGCCGCGCGCGCUACUGAACUCGCUGUCGGGGCCAGUGCUGUUGCACACGCCGGUCGUGGCGUUGACGCAGGAAACGCACGAGGUGCGAGUGCACAUAGGGACCGCACUCCGGGACCAGACCUUGGCCGCCGACGUGGUGCUGCUGACCGCGAGCGGGCCGGCGCUGCAGCGCAUGAAAUUCUCGCCUCCGCUGUCGCGGAAACGGCAGGAAGCUCUGCGCGCUCUGCACUACGUGCCGGCCACCAAGGUGUUCCUGAGUUUCCGCCGUCCCUUUUGGCACGACGAGCACAUCGAGGGAGGCCACUCGAACACGGACCGCCCAUCGCGCAUGAUAUUCUACCCGCCGCCGGGAGAGGGCGCGCUUCUGCUGGCUUCGUACACGUGGUCGGACGCGACCGCCCCGUUUGCCGGCCUGAGUCUGGAAGAGACGCUGCGCUUGGCACUCGACGACGUGGCGGCGCUGCACGGGCCGAUUGUGUACCGGCUCUGGGACGGCAGCGGCGUCGUCAAGCGCUGGGCAGAGGACCCGUACAGCCAGGGCGGCUUCGUCGUGCAGCCGCCAAAGCUCUCGCCAGCUGACAAGGACGACAUGCAGUUCAACUGGGAGGUUCCCCAUGGUCGCAUCUACUUCGCCGGGGAGCAUACGGCCUACCCGCAUGGCUGGGUGGAGACUGCUGUCAAGUCGGCGCUGCGUGCUGCUGUGUUGAUCAACAGGCAGAUCCACAACCAGGAGGGCCGUGCACGCAUGGCGGAGCCCGGGCCCAGCCAGCCCCUGUGCGAAUCCGAAAAGGGGGAGGCCACCCACCCGCCAGCCCUACAUUUAACUGCUCCACACACACCCCCCAAGAGGACCCAGUAUUAAAGU